AAAUGGAUCAAUUAUUUUGUUCAUCAUUAAAAAAUCAAAAAACAAAUAAUUCAAUAAUCAUAAAAUAUUUGUCAAUAUUAUUAUUAAUGUUUUCAUUAUUUUCAACAAAAAAUCUAUUCGUACAAAGUUUUCGACCAUACAAUUAUUAUGCACCGCAUCAAUAUCCUGAAACUGGACCAUUAUCAUAUAACUUUCCAUUGAUUAAAGCAUUUCGUGGUGAAUUAACACCGAAUAAUAUGCUUUCACAGGCAACACAUUUAUGUGAAGGUGCAUUAAUGGGUCCUAGUUCACUUGUUGUUUAUCAACAUUAUCUUUAUACUGGAACGAUUGGCGGUGGUAUUUAUCGUUGUAAUCUUGAAACUGGUAAUGCAACAAGAAUUGUUAAAGUUGCCAAUGAAUUAUGUCGUACAAAAUAUUGGGAUGCAUCAUUAUGUGGUCGACCGCUUGGAAUACGUGUUGAUCGUUCGGGAAAUCUUUAUUUUAUCGAUGCUUAUUUAGGUUUACAUCAGAUUAGUUUUUAUGGUGCUAAUCAACAACGAUUACGUGUAAAACGUUUACUUUCACCUGAUCAAGUUGGAUCAAGAUAUAUGACACAUUUAGCAUUGGAUGAAGGUGGUGGAGCAAAUGGCGGUAUUAUAUUCUAUAUAACUAUUGCUAGUACUCGUCAUGAUUUAAAUGAAUGGCCAAGAAUGAUAUUAGAACCUGAUCGUUCCGGUCGUGUUGUACGUUUCGAUAUGGAUCUUAAUCAAACAGAAAUUUUAAUGCAAGGUUUAUGGUAUCCAUCAAGUGUUCAAUUAUCGGACGAUCGAACAUCAAUUUUGGUAGUAGAAUUCACUGCCAGACGUGUUGUAAGACAUUAUAUCCGAGGUCCUCAACGUGGUAAAACAGAAACAUGGAUACAAAAUUUACCUGGCGAAGGUGAACAUCUUAUUAGAAGUUUAGAUAAAUAUCAAGAAACAUAUUGGCUUCCCGUAGUGAAUGCACGUAAUGUAUCAUCACCUUCAAUGAUUGAUUGGCUAAGUGAUAAACCAUGGAUUCGUGAAGAGAUUAUGCAAAAUUUUACUGCACUUGGACAAAAAAUUGAAAUGCUUGGUGCUAAAUGGACAAACUCUAAUCUUGAAAGAUUAGGAUUUCGAUUAAAAAAUUUACAUUUCUUUUAUGAUGAAGCACUAUCAAAUGAUUAUGGUAUGGUUUUAGAAUUAGAUUCUAAUGGUCGAUUAUUAGGAUCAUUACAUUCAAUUGAUGGCAGUAAUUUUAGAUUAUCUGAAGUUGUCGAAGGACCAACAGAAAAUCCAUAUGAACGUGUAUUGUAUAUUGGUUCUUAUUCUAAUCCAUACAUAUUGAAAUUAACGAUACCAAAUUUUACACAAGAUUAUCAACAAAAAAAUAAACAAAUUAUCAGUAAUAAUAAAAUAACCGAAAAUGGUGUAGAUUUUAGUCUAUUACCAUAUGGAAGUACAAGACGUGCUAUUGCUACAAAUUUGGAUGGUACAAAUACAAUAAGUCUGGAUGAUGAUAAUAAGGCCAUUUUUAUUAACGCACCAUCAUCAUCAUCAUCAUCAUCAUCGACAUCAACAUUGAAUCGUAGAUUACGAAAAGAUGCUACAAGAUAUAGUAGUAGUACAUAGAUAAGAUGAUGAUGUCAUUGUCAUUAAUCUCAAAUCCCAAUGAUCAAUCAUUCAUUCAUUCAUAAUAAUGAUGAUAAUGGACUUUUUGUUCCAAGUUUUUUUCAACAA